AUGACUCUACCGCCGGGGGACUCUGGGGGCCAACGGGCCCCCGACCCAGUUAAGUAUAUGUAUUUUAAUUGUUUACAAAAAACUCAGGGAAUGUGCGAUUUUUUUAGCCCACUUGACCAAAGUAUUCACUAUAAUGCUAUCUUUGACAAAUGGAAUGGAGAUGACUACUGCGAAGGGUUCACCCUAUUCAAUAAUAGUUGCAUUUUUGACACCGAUCGUGAUAAUCGUGAUUCACAAAGGCUUCAUCAAUAUAACAGCGAGGACUGUAGCGCUUUUGACUCAGGCGAGUAUCAGGAAGCUGAUUUUAUAUCGCCAUCAUCUGCACCUCCGCUUUCUCAGCAAUGCAAUCCUUCUGAUUUGACCAAGGGAAACCAGGACGUGCUACGAAUCUUUUACCAAAAUGUACGAGGACUCCGAACUAAAAUAGAUGACGUUUACCUGGCGAUUUCAGAGAACGAUUAUGAUGUAUAUGUACUAACAGAGACUUGGCUCGAUAGUCGUAUCAAUUCAUUGCAACUAUUCGGCGAUUCAUACACUGUCUUUCGCACUGAUCGCAACUCAAACAACAGCGUUCGUCAACGCGGUGGCGGCGUAUUAAUUGCUUUUUCCACGUCGUUCGUUUGCUCUCAAAUAACCGAAGUAGUUCCGGUCUGGCUUGAAACGCUCCUUGUAAAAAUAGCUAUUGAUACUCAACAUGUUUUUAUCGCGGUGCUUUACAUUCCACCUGAGAAACGUUUAGACUGCGACGUUAUGCGAGCUCAACUGGAGGUGUUUGAAGCUGCUACUACUAGGAUGAGGACGCAGGAUACAUUUUUGAUACUUGGUGACUUUAACCAACCAAAUUUAGUUUGGAAAAACUAUGCGCAAGACUAUGCGAUUGCAGAUCCAGUUGAGUCUGUUUUUACGCCCGCUAGUCGAACGCUGCUUGAUGGUGUCGCCUUUUUGGGACUCAGACAAAAAAAUGUUGUUUGCAACCACCAAUCGCGUUGCUUGGAUCUCGUUUUUGUUAACAAAGAUUGUUGCUCUAAUUGCCUUGUUUCGGAAGCACCAGAAACGAUUGCUGUACUUGACGUGUUCCAUCCUGCUCUAUGCGUAGAACUGACUGCCCAACGGAUUGUUGAAUUUUUAGACGAGCAAAAUUUGAACCAACUGGACUACCGCAGAACGAACACAGUGUUGUUACGCGACCUGCUGUUACAAGUAGAUUGGAGUGUGCUAGAGCAGUUCACUGAUGUCAAUGAUGCCGUCGCCUUCUACAAUCAGAUAAUGAUGGACUGCGUAUUGAUUGCUGUACCCCCUCGUCGAGCUCCCAGAAAACCUCCAUGGUCCAACGGCAAGCUUCGUCACAUGAAAAGAAUCCGGGCGAGGGCUCUUCGAGCUUACACUCGGCAACGUUGCCCAUUCUUGAAACAUAGCUUUACCAUAGCCAGCAACAGGUAUCGCAACUAUAACAAGUUUCUCUACAAUCUUCACGUUCGUUCUACGCAGCAAAGUUUGAGACAAAAUCCAAGAAAAUUUUGGAAGUUCGUUAAUACGAAGAGAAAACAAACGGCCUACCUUCGACUAUAUUCCUCGAUGGUGUGA